AUGGUCAGAAAUGACCAUCUGGGGACAGAUGAAGACAUUCAACCGAAUAGUCCUUUCCACGAUAAUUCGACCUGUGGAGACGAUGCUCAUUUGAUUGACGAUUGUGGCUCAAGUAUCCAUUCCGGAAAUAGAUCUCGCGCUUUGCAGUGGGGAAUCAAUCAACAAAAUGCAGUCUCCAAUGCUUCAGGCAAUAUGACGCGCCAUGUCCAACAGUUUUUCCACCCCAAUCGAUCCCGAAGAACGAGCACCAUUUCCUUACCUAAGACGACCUGUGAAUAUUGCGACAAACCCAGUGCAGCGUUGAAAAAGCAAGCCAAAGCCCUUAUUACCUCGAAGAAUCUCAUUUCGAUCCCAUUCGCGCUCAUCGCAAUUUUCUUUUCCAUAACCGACAUUUCCCCGCUGGUUAUCUUUAUCUGGAAUCUAAUCGCUAUCGUGCCUCUAUCCAUCACCCUGACACUUGCGACCGAACAACUAUCCCAAGAAUUAGGAGAGACUGCUGGAGCUCUUUUGAACAUUACAAUUGGCAAUCUUGCUGAAUUAAUUAUUUUUACGGCAUUGAUGAAAAAUAACAUUAAAGUGGUGCAGGCAUCUCUCUUGGGAUCAAUUCUAGUCAAUCUGCUUCUCGUUCUGGGAUCUGCUAUUAUCGCAGGAGGAUUAAAAUCCAACGAUCAAACAUACAACAGUGAUCUCACUCACGCAUUUAUCGGAUUACUCAAUCUGACAGUAUCAUGUCUCAUGAUUCCAAGCACUUUUUACUGGAGCGUGAAAGAUGUGAGAUCAGCAGAUCAUAUGUCACUCUCAUUCAGCAGAGGAGUUUCCGUCAUCCUCCUUGGUAUUUACUUUCUUUACCUGUACUUCCAAUUUAAAUCUCAUGCACACCUAUUCCGGUCAAGACCGGUAGGUCUCCAAGUGAAACCCUUGGAAACACACCGACCCAGUCGCAGGUCUUCAUAUAAUGAGAUAUUCAUGGAUAUCGAAUCUCAACCCGAGUCCGAAUCCUUGAUCGCCAAAGCUGCACAGCGCCCAGAGAUGCAACAAAUUCAGUCCCCUGGCGGGCCAUCAUCUCCACCAGCUGAUAUCCGACCGGAGUCAGGAUUACCGUUAGCUCGGAUCGACACAACAGAACGAAGCAUUCCACGCCGUCAAUCAUGGAAUGCCGGGGAAGGCGAGAGCUCAGACCAGGUAGAAGAGGAAGAAGAUCACCAAUGCAAAUACACAUCCCUAGCGAACCGCAUCACAGCCAUUGUGUUAUUAAUUGCAGCCACUGUACUCAUUGCCAUCUGUGCCGAAUUCUUCGCCUCCAGUUUUGGCGUUCUCAAUGAGAAGGGUGUUCUCGGUGAAUCAUUCGUUGGUUUGAUUGUCAUCCCAGUCGCUGGUAACGUCGCUGAGAAUGUGACUGCUGUCAUUGUGGCUGGAAAAAACCAGCUUGAUCUUGCGAUUAGUGUUGCGCUGGGCUCUGCCAUUCAGAUUGGUCUUUUGGUUGCCCCUGUUAUCGUUCUUGUCGCUUGGGCUCUGGAUAAGCCCAUGACCCUGCACUUUGAUGGGUUUGGAAUGGUGACACUGAUUGGCUCCGCUCUUCUGGUUAGUUUCCUUGUUCUCAAAGGAAAGACCAAUUACUUAGAAGGUGCUAUUUUGUGCGCCUGUUUUGCUGCCAUCUCGGUCGGGGCGUAUUUACUUCCAAUUACUUAA